AACCGAAACGAACAUCAAGGAAAUUUGACAUCUUUUUUGUUGGAUACCUUACAAAAUGCUGCGAAAUUGGCUUGCCAAAGCACUGUUCAGCUAAAGAUCGCUUUUGCAUGGCCUGAUAAAUCAUGAUCAGCGUGAUAUCAAAUGCAAGAGCAUCAACAGUCAUCGCUACGCAGGACUCAAACAACGACGGUUUGAGAUUGAUAUGUCAACAGCAAGCCUAGGGGGUGGGUGGCGUUGUUUGAUGCGACAAUCCCCGUAUUUCUCGGUUUAUCUAACUAAUUCGUAGAAUAGACUUCGACUUCAUUCCAUGAGAGUACGUUUUUAUCAACAGUUUUCGUGAGGUGAUCUAUUCCAAUCUUUAUAAAUGAGAUUGGGUGCGAAGCGGGAUAUGAGAUUGCGUGCAAGGCGGGAACGCCUGUGAUGGUUAAGUACAUGUAUGUAUGAAAUGAUAUAAUCACAUCGGACUCGUUUGAAGAGCAUAUCUUCACAAACGACAAAAGUUAUGCUGUUUGAAGCGGAUAUUUUCUUGAGGAACAGAGAAAAGUUCUGCUGUUUGAAGAGAUCAUCUUGAGGAACAUCGAAAGGUUCUGUUGUUUGAAGAGAUCAACGUGAGGAACAUUAGAGAGUUCUGUUCUUUGAAGAGAUUAUCUUGAAGGAUAUCAACAAAUCUGUUGUUAAUAUAUAUUCUGAACUUAUUUGACUAUUUAACCAUGGAUGGACCAACACAUGUCAUGUCUAGGGCGGCGGGAAGAAAAUCAAAGAAUAUGAAGCAAAAGUCAAAAGGCAAGCGCCAUCACGUUAUGGAGACCGUGAAGGAAGAGAAUGAUGUCAAACAUAUGAGAAAACUCUUCAGAAAUGAGCGGAGGAAGGAAGAAGAAAAUGUCGGAAUAAAGAAAUUUUACCUGAAUGUAACUUAUAGACAAUUUCAGAAAUACAUGAAGUUGCUCAAAGAAGGUGAGGAGACCUUACGGGAGGAGAUAGGUAAAGACCAUGAAGAGCUGCUGCGGAAAUACGGGGCGUAUAUUGAAUCCGAAUCCGAGGCGGAGGAGGAAGAUGACGGUUGUACAACGACAACAUCAACGGAAUUUUUUAUCACCACGCCUGCACAGACGACAAUACGGGAAUACCUGAAGAAAGGCGUUGGUUCCAAACUUGAGGCAAAGUCGACGCCCAGGUUGAAUGGUCCUCUGCAAAAUUAUUCUAUGCCUGUGAUUAGAGACGCGGCAAUAUACCGCGAUAAUACUGCGCCGGUGAUGAGGGACCCGGGUAGGACCACUACCUUGCCCAUGAUAGGUCAUGCAGUAGUGAAGCCUACCCCGAGUGCGACCAAGUCACCACGUGGGGGAAGAGGAGCCGCGUAUCCUCUGCCGAAGAGGUCCACACUAUCUCCGCAUUCAAGUGAGCAAAAACUUGAUGAGUCAAGUCUCCCACUUGAAAAAAGUCACAAAGAUUUAAUGGAAACAUUGCUUUCAGACAGUCGGGCUAUGCUGACAAAAAGCCGUACGACCUUGUCCGAUAUUAAAGACUCGCGUUCGACCCCCGAAUCCGGCCGAGCGUCCAGAGCGCCCAGUCGAGGAAGCCGCCGUGGGUUUCCCAACUUGACGGACACGAGCUUGACUAGGGGGCCUCGGCGCCCGUCUGCCAUUCCCGAGCCGGAUUGGGAGAAGCGAAAGCUCUCUCUUCAGAGGUCCUCAACAGAUUGGCUCAUUGUCCGCGACCACAAGUACCCAAAAGAAGUUGAGAGAAAGAAGGCGCUCGAAGCUUCAAAAAAGAUAGGGGAAAAGCUGAAGAAACAAGACGUUCCAAUAACCUGUCAGAGGUGGAAGUAUGUGCCCUUGGAGGACACCUGUCCGCUUAAAUUUGGUGUGACCUACUCCGGGGUUCCCGCGAAAAAAGUAAAGAGCGUGUAUAAGAAGAAACCGGGCAAACGACUCGGAGCAAGAACGCGGAAGUCAUAACACUAUAUACAAACAAGUGGUACAUGUUGCCUCAUUUUGGUCGCACUGAAAUCGAACUGAUUUUCAUUUAGGCCACCUGGGAUGCGUGUAAACCGCUGCCAUAAACAGGACAUAGAACGCGUCAUAGAACCCUUUGUUCACGGACAUUCUAUCCCAGGACAUUUCAAACUUCUACACCGGCACGUGCAGUCUAUUCAAGUUUGACCGAUUGAAGAUAGAUGGCGAUAAAAUGUCUGAUGGUAAACGUACUUGAACGAGAGCAACACGGAAGUAUCUAAUGCUAUAAUGAUCAAACACCAGCUAUUUUAUGACAUAACAUAUAGUAGCUUUCUUCUAACUUCUGCUGGGAAGUUUAAUUUACACUCCGGAUGCAGUGAUAUUGACCUCGUCCCUCCCUAUAAUAGGAUGAUGAAAUCGGGUUGCCUUGGGUACUAUUUGUAAAUAACUUUUGAAGAGAAUGUAGAUAAAGAAAAGCCUUUUUGUGUUUUCAA